AGGCGGGGCUCCUGGGUAACGCAGCAGAGAGAUAGGAAUUGCUUAUGUAACUGGGACAGCAGAUUGACUGGGAGGAGAGCAGGCAGAGGCUGGGGAUGGGAGCAGUGAGCUGUCGGCAGGGGCAACACACCCGGGGGUCUGCUCCUCAAAAGCAGGGUGGCAACAUCCAGGGUCCUUGGGCCCGAGGCUGGAAGAGCCUCUGGUGUGGUAUGGGGACCAUCAGGUCGGGUCUGGAAGAACUAUGGGAGCUACAGAGGCAUCAGUGCCUGCACCAGGAGCCCCUCCAGCCAGCCCCACUGCUGGUAGAGAAGCCCUUGUCUGAGUGGCCAGUGCCUCAGUUCAUCAACCUCUUUCUACCAGAGUUUCCCAUGAGGCCUGUUAGGGGGCAGCAGGAGCUAAAGAUUUUAGGCCUUGUGGCUAAAGGCUCUUUUGGAACCGUCCUGAAAGUGCUAGAUUGUGCCCAAAAAGCUGUAUUUGCAGUGAAGGUGGUACCCAAAGUCAAAGUCCUACAGCGGGAUACCCUGAGGCAGUGCAAAGAGGAGGUCAGCAUCCAGCGACAGAUCAACCAUCCUUUUGUACACAGCCUGGGAGACAGCUGGCAGGGGAGGCGACACCUCUUCAUUAUGUGUAGCUACUGCAGCAUGGAUCUCUACUCCCUGUGGUCUGCUGUUGGAGGUUUUCCAGAGGCUUCUAUCCGUCUCUUUGCAGCUGAACUGGUCCUUGUGCUGUGCUAUCUCCAUGACAUGGGUAUCAUCCAUCGAGAUGUAAAGAUGGAGAACAUCCUUCUGGAUGAGCGAGGCCACCUGAAACUGACGGACUUCGGUCUGUCUCGCCGCCUGUCCCCGGGAGCCCGAGCCUACACUAUCUGUGGCACUCUUCAAUACAUGGCCCCAGAGGUCCUGCGUGGGGGGCCUUACAACCACACGGCUGACUGGUGGUCCCUGGGAGUGUUGCUUUUCUCUCUGGCAACUGGUAAGUUCCCAGUGGCUGCAGAAAGAGAUCAUGUGACCAUGUUGGCAAGUGUGACCCACUGUGAAUCUGAGAUGCCAGCCUCGAUGACUCAGGAGCUCUCACUCCUGCUCCAUGAGCUCCUGUGCCAGAGCCCUCUGCACCGUCUCCGUCAUCUGCAUCACUUCCAGGUCCACCCUUUCUUUCGGGGUGUGGCCUUUGACCCUGAGCUCCUAAGGAAGCAGCCAGUGAGCCUUGUCAUGGAGACACGAGAUAGCAGCAGUCCGCUGGAGUCCAUGCCCUUCGAGGACUUUGACUGUGAUCUGGAGUCCUUGGUCCACUCCGUCUCUGCUGAUUCUCUACUGCAGAUGGGGGCCCAGCUGGAAACCUGAGGGUUUCUACUGCCAGCUCAGCAUGACCACCGUGAUGAUCCAAUUUUUUCUUGGUUGUCCUUACUAUCCGGGUGUAGGUAUUGGACCAGAGUUUAAAUGGUUGGCAUUCUGCAACUGAUGGCCAAAACUGCCCCUGAUGCUUCCCCGUCACACAACCCACCUCUCCCUCGCAGGCCAAGGCGGUGACCUUUAUUUCAUUUCUGCAGUACUUUUUCACCUAAGCUGCCAAACAAAGGCUUCUUAAAACUUUAUCUUACCCAUGUUUUCUACCAUACUUCCUGUCUUGGGCGAUAAUGACACUUUGUGGGAUCCCGAAGUGCUAUUUAUAUGUUUAACAAGCUCGUCAGAGCAAUAGGAAUGUUUUUUAAAGAUUGCAAAAGCUGGUAUUUCAACACCUGAAUAACUAAGCAGUUAAAAAAUAUGACCUGCCAGGUGGUGGUGGCCCUGCGCCUUUAAUCCCAGCACUUGGAAGGCAGAGGCAAGUGGACCUCUGAGUUU